AAAUUAUUAAGAAAAUAAUUAUGAGGAACCAAAUUGCAAACAUUCCACAACAAGCCAGAGGAGGGCUUCCUUUUGGGAAUGAUGCAGCUAAGAAAAAGCAAAUUUCUAAUGAACUACCAUUGGAAGACUUCAGUAUUGAUAUUUCAAUGACUAUUAAUGAUGUCUCAGACGCAAUGAGUGAAGCCUCUUUCUUAGAUUUUUACGCUCAAGGAGCUCGCCAAUCUCCCAGCCCUGAGAAUAUUAAUAGGAUGCAAUCAAAGAAGAAGGAAGAAAUUGCACACACUCAAUGAACUCCAGAUAAGAUUGUCUGAUCAAACACAAAGAGCAAGCCUGCUAAGAAAAAGGUUCAACAAUUAUUGCCAGUUUUUGAAUGAAUAUUUUGCGCUAAAACUGAUAACCAGUUAUGAGUGUCUAAUUUGGCAAAGCUUCAGAAGAAGUAUGAAGUUGCUCAAGAGAUUUUUAAACCUUCACUGACUAAUAAACUAUGCUUGACAAAGCAUCAGCAGAUAGAUUAUAAUCUUACAACAAUCUGAAACCUUCCAAAUAAGAUCGAGAACCUUAAGAAUAAAGAAACCACAAGAGAUUACUGAUCUCUUAAAAAGAGCUUGCUUUUUGAAGUAAAUAAAAAUGAAUCAAAGUACUUUCCAGUGAUUGUAGAAAAGAUGAGGUCCAACGUAGGGACUACAGCAUCAAAAGAUGUGAACCAUUCCAGAGGAAGAAAAAGAAUUGUCCCAAUGAAUACCCCUCAAAAAUAAUCCGAAUGCUUGUCAAAAGAACUUAUUGGAUUUAUCAAGCUGUGUUAAGCCAAGAGUAGGAAAUUGCAAAAGGAAGAUUAAUAUUAACAAUAUCUCCUUUGAAUCGCAAUGUCAUAAUAUUUAUGACCCAAAUUAUUCAAGCAGUUCAGAGUCACAGAGGGAUAACUCUGAGUUUAAUUCAUUUGAGAUUUCUUUUGAGCUGAAUAAAAGUCACGAGGAGCUCAGACUAGAACAUUGAUUUAGUAUGGAGUCUAAGGAAGGAGAUAAGUCAAUAAAAAUGAAGAAUUUUAUUCCAGAUGGUCAACCUUAUGAACCAUUAUUGUCGAUAGCCCCUCAAGAAGAUAAGAUAUUAGAUUUUAAAGCUAAUUGGGUAAUGGACACUUAUCAAAAUAAUAUUACUAAGAGUACUAGGCAAGAUUCAGUCACUCGUAAACUACCAAAUGAGAGUUGUGAUAUACACCAUAGAAACUUGUAUAAAUUGAACGACCAAUUCUCUAAUUUCUCUGCCCAACUAGAAUUUAGCAGAUGAAAUUCUUCUAAAGUUCCAAAAGACAGAUCAAUUGACCAGAAGAAGAAGUUCAUAAAUCUACAAAAGGAAUCAUCAAACGAGAGAAAUUUAUUUGAUAGUAAGAACAACUACCCAGACUCACUAGGAAGCCUGAUCAUCCUCAAAGAAAGCAUCAACCUAAACCACCAACUCCAAUGCCCAGACGAUAACAACCACUACAAUGACAAAGAAAACCUAAUCCCUCGCCUCCAACUUUCUUCCCACCCCUUAAAGCUCAUCCAAAACCCCCUCCACAAUCCAACAGUCCAAUCCUCCAGACCCCAAAACCCAAGUAGUCACCAAACCUAGCUGCGUUAUAAACCAGAGUUUGUCAAGUCUUACCAGUCAGAGGGGCAAGAGUAAGAAAGGGGUGAAGAGGUCGAUCCUUUCGAAGAAGUUGGCAGCAGCUAAGGCACACAAAUCAACAUUUCGAAUUCAAAAGAAACCGCUCCAAAAGAAUAUAUCUAGGAAUCAGUUAAAGAUAGCAACAAGAAUCACAGAAGCCAGGCCAAAAUCAAAAUCGAAAAAUAAGUUAACUCGUUGCGAAUCCUUUGUCCAGAGGCCUCUUAAAAAGAAGAUUAAG